AUGGAAGGAAGGAUAAAAGGAAAGCAAUGCUCUCUAAGACUGAGGCUGACUGAGCUCGAUCCUCCCAGCCAGCUCCCCUACCCAACACUGGCACUCGUUGAGGAUGUCACAUUAAUCUUCGAGGAGUACCCGAUCUGCAGCAGCACCGACCUCGAGCACAAGCUGCAGUCGGUGGAAUGCGCCAGCCUGUUUGUCACAGAUGAGAACAGAUUCAUCUUCAGCAAGGCUCAGGUUGGGCAAGAGGCUGAAGCUCAUUUCAAUAUUUACAACGCAAGCUGUCUGCCAUGCGAUGUGGUGCUCUCCAUCGAACCCCUGCCUGGAGAGGCAAAAAGCCCUAUCAACAACAUUUUCCAGUUACAUCCAGUCAAGAUGUCUGUUCCUGGCUCAUCCUGUGCCAUUGCUACGGUGACCUUCACCCCACCAGAGGAGAACUACAACUGCACUUUCAAGGCUUCCCUUGUCAUCCCAAAAAGCUCUGUGGGAAUUAAACCCCAAAGCCUGACCUUCACCAUCAGCGGGAAGGGGCAUGAGCCACGGGUGACAGUCGUGUGCCCAAGCGCUCGCAGCAAGAGGGGAAACGCCGUGCUGCGCUUCAAGAGGCUCCGGCUGGGGGAUUCAGAGAUGCUGCCCCUGGUCAUCCGUAACGAUGGCAUCAUACCUGUCAAGUUUAUGUUACACCUGGAGGAUGAGCACAGAAUGUUCUCCUUGAAAGGCAGGGCCUCUGCUGUCAGGGUGUUCCACAAUGGAGAUGUGGAACAGGAUUCAGCUGGAAACGAGAGCAAGUCCACAAAGCCUUUCUUCCUUCUGAAUCGCGGGCAAUCGGCAGAGUUUGAUGCCAUUUUCAAACCCACCCUGGCUCAACGUGUGGAAAGGCAGAUUGGUGUGUUAGUGGGGGACACCUACUCUAACAAGACCGUAAUUGAACUGGUGGGUGAAGGCCACGAGGACGAAUUCACCCUCGAUGGAUUAGAGGAAGGCACUGAGGAGAGGAAUGCUGAUGGCAGCCUGAAGGAAAACAUCAUUGAUGCUGUCAGAGUGAAUCACAUUCAGUUUGGGGACUGUCACGUUGGGGAGCCCUACUGCAGGACCUUCACCAUCACCAGCCACGCCGAGAUGGUCAUGCGCUUUGAGUGGGAGGCAGAGGCCCCAUUCCGGUUCUCCCCCAAGGUGGGACACCUCCAUCAUGGCUGUGCCAAGGACAUCACAGUGACCUUGAUGUCAGAUGUCCCAGUCACCUUCAGGAGGCACCUUGUGAAAUGUAAGGUGACCAAGAUCGACUUUGAGCUGCCAAAAAAGAAGGUUCAGGACUGGGAUGACCAAAUGACCAUUGUCAUGUGGAAGAAUACCACCAGGAAAGUCCCAGCAGCCAGGUGGCCUAAAAUAAAGAAGGUGGUCAAGACAGCCCCAGAACCAGCUCACACUGUGGUGGAGAAGAGCAGGCAGGAGGUCGAGGUGUACCUCAGUGCCAUUGUUGCCUACGCCCAGUUCCACCUGGACACGAUCAUGGUUCAGUUCAACAACACCUUGCCCUCUGAGACAAGGACAGCCACUUUCACCAUGCACAACACAGGGGUGGUAGCCCUGAAAUACUCCUGGGAGAAAGCUGCAGAGAGUGAACCAGUGAAGAAGCCAUAUUCAACCACUCUGAUGC